CCGCGUGUGAAAAAACUCCGCCGAUUCUGUUAUCCGCUGAAAUUUCCUUAUCCGCUGCUGCUUCCCUCUCUCUAUCUCGCUCUCUGUCUCUUCUUCUCUGUCCCUCUCUCUUAAUUUUAGGGUUUCAUUUUGAACAUGGGUGGAGAUGACGAGCAGCAAUCGGGGCUCUUCUACGAGCUAUGUACCCUCAUUCUCGCUCUUCUGCGCUCUCCCCACCUCUUCUUUCCAGCCGUCGGCGCCCUCUGCGGCACACCGCAGCGUUCAGAGAUCUCCCCUGCGGGCAUCGCUUCACUUUUCCUAGGGGCCUCUCUCGCGCUUAUGCUCUGUGGGUCUAUCACCUUCAUGCUUGGCUGCAUCCUGAUGCCCUGGGUUAUCGGCUUCGUUAUCGUGUUAUACUUAUUGGGCAUCGUUUCGAGCCUAUCUGGAAUUGGCAAGGCGAUCCUCUGUCCCCACCGAACCCGCACCUGCGUGGAGGCCGAUGACGGUUGUCCCGGAUGCAGCUUCUCCAAAUAGACCAAUCGGUUUCAAGCUAUACAGGUUGAUUUGCAGCAAAUUGCUGAAUUCUAUUUCCUUUUCUGUUCUUCGCAGGUCAAGUCUCCUCGGCAAUGAAAGCUGAUAACAACUAAUGGUUUGCUCUCCAUGGCUUCUGCCUACUUUUCUUUUGAUUGAUCUUCUUUUAGAUUGUAUACCAGAUAGAGUUAAAAUAGCUUUGACCUGAGGAACCAUUGGGUAUGCAGGGUCUUCUUUCUGUUGCUUAGCUCUAGGAAUUUGUCAAAUAUGCAGCAUUUACAUAUUUCUUCCCCUACAGAUUCUGAUACAUUGUUCAAGUUAUUUGAUUAUUAUUGUAUGUCUGAUAAUACUUACAUACAUUUUUUCAUUAAUAACCAGAUUGAGGAACUCUUUCAGA